UCGAAUUAUUUUCAGUCAACAGUCAACAACAAUAUGUCACAAUAAUCUUCCAAAAACAAAUAUCACAAAAUAUAAUAAUAAUGGUUGACAUUUCAGCUUCUGUUCAAUUCAACUUACCAAAAGCAAUACAAAAAUGGCAAACAGAUCUAUUGAAUUCUUUUCCUCUACCAGCUGCAGCUGAUGAUCAGUGUCGCGAUACAUUUCUUAAAGAGCUAUUGGAACCUUAUCAACCAUCUGAAGAGGCAACAGGCAGCUUGAAAUCCGAUGAGAGCCUUGAAGAGAGUGAAUUGUCUGAUCCAACUAAUUGGAAUGCGUUGCUAUAUCGAAACACAACCUAUCCUAGAAAAACAGAGAAAAGAACUACAGAGCUGAGAAUCUCUAAUAUCGUUGCACCAGAUGUAUUUGAGCUGAUGAAAGGACGAUUUAACCGAGUGACCAGCGCUGUGGGACACAUUUCUACGCUCUUGGAACUGACGAAUAUUCAGCAUCGCUUGAAACGAUUUUACGACAUGUGUCGUCUUAAUGUCUCAAUGGAUAAAUCUUUUAACAUAUUCAGUUGGUCGACGGAACACUAUUUCACUCGCUUCAAUCUGCCGAAUGUGGCGUAUUUGGAUGCCAUCGAUAGGGAACUAAAUCGGAAUAUGAAUUGCUACAAGUUUCGUGUGGAUAUCUGUGAAAUUAUGCGUCUAUUCACUGCAGUCCAAAAGGAUGUGAGAAACAAGCGAGAUAUCUGUGAGAACUCCAUGAUGUUGAUUAAGGAUGCUCAGAUAGAUAUUGAAGAGCUGGUGGCAACUGUUUUGGAUCUAACUGAAAAGGAACAUUUCAAUGUAGCUUUAACUGCAAUUGGCAUUUCGGGACGUUCAGCAGAUCCUGGUAACUUUAGGAAGUUAGCAGUGCACUCAAAAAUCAAUCACGAGGAUUUCGUGUUUCCAAUUGAGGCGCGUUAUCGUCUUAACUGGACUCAAGCGCAGGUGGAUCAAGCUGUUAUUCAUACAAAUAAAUGCAUAGAGCAAACUACUAAAGAACUCAAUAAAGUAAAACAACACAUCGAAGAAAGCGAAUAUUUAUCGAUAUGCCGUGAAGCCUCUUACGAUGCACAGAUUAGUGAGUUAAAACAUCGCCUAAAAGAAAUGGAGAGAACUUAUGAGCAGCGAAUGAAUGUCCUUGAAAACGAGCAAACCAUUUUACGACAUAAAUUGGUCGAUGCCCAACAAACUCUUGUGAAUAACAGAGCACGUGUAGGAAUGUUUCAUGUUAGAAUCGAGGAAAUGCUUCAGUUUUUUGCACAACAAAAAGCAGAAUCCAAAGCAGAAAUUACAAAAUUGGAAACUAUAAAAACCCAUCGCAAAUCAAAGAAAAAGUCAGUGAAUGGCACUAAAAAGAAAUCUAUUACUGGCAAAAAAAACAACGAAGAAAAGAAAAAGUGCGGAUCAGAACUCAGUUCAAACAGAAUUAAAAGCAGAAAUUAAAAAAUUGCCAUCUGAAGAAGUACCUCGCAAAUCAAAGAAAAAAUCUUUGGAUGGCUCCAAAAAGAAAUCCCUGACUCUCAAAAAAACAAAGAUCAAAAAGUCAAAAGUGUGAGUCAAAAAGUUGUAAGUUAGUGAGCAUGGAUUUAUUUUAAUU